AUGACAGUCUCGGAGAUCACAGAUCUACGCAUCUACCCCAUCAAAUCCUGCCGCGGUCUAUCCAUCCCAGCCGCCCAGCUCACCACAUCCGGCCUCCACCUCGACCGACAAUGGAUGUUCGUAGACGGCGACCACAAGUUCCUCACCAUCCGCCAAAAGCCACAGAUGACCCUCAUCAACACCUCCAUCGACCACGAGAAACAACUCCUCGUCAUCACCAUCGGCUCCGACACAUCCAAGCAGAUAUCCGUGCCCCUCUACGCCACCGACGCCUGGCUCGCCGAGAACGCCAAGCCCAUUAUCGUCAACAUAUGGGAGUACGACACGGAAGCCUACAUGUACACAGACCCCACCAUUCAGUCCCUCUUCCGCGACUUCAUCGGCGAUGGCAGCGACGUCUUCUUCGUCGUCAAAGACCCCAAGGCGCCACGCAUCUGUCGCGGCAACGGCGCACCAGACAUUCUAGGCCGCAAGGCCACCGUCAACUUCCCGGACGUGCUGCCCCUGCAGAUCGCGUCUGAGAGCUCGCUCGCCGAGUUAAACGGCCGACUCAAGGGACAGGGCCAUGAUGAGAUCACCGUCGAGCGCUUCCGGCCCAACAUCAUCAUCAAAGGCGGCGAGCCGUGGAGCGAGGACAGCUGGAAGACGGUGCGCAUCAACGGCAGUGGCGCGAUGGGCGCGAACUGGCUGCCCAGUGCCGUGGCGGGGCCCGCGAUGGGCGCGAUCGACAUUGACGUCGCGGCACGGUGCGCGCGCUGUCAGGUGCCGAACGUGAAUCCAGAUACUGCGGAGAAGGACAAGCAUCAGCCGUGGGAUACCCUCAUGAAAUAUAGGCGGGUGGAUGAAGGUAUCACGUUCAAGCCGUGCUUCGGCAUGCUGUGCGUGCCUCGCAAUGAGGGGAAGGUCGAGGUUGGCAUGCGCUUUGAGGUGCUGGGCACGACGCAGGACCAUAAGUAUAUCAAGGGUUUCUGA